AAAACACAAAUUUACAAAGCAAGUCAAAUUCUAAACCUAUUAUGAGAAUUAAUUAAAUGGAACAAUUAAUUUAGCAAAUAAAUGUCAAAAAAUGUUAAUUACUUGAGUUAGCUUGUCAGUUUAACCUGAUUGUGAAUAUAGUGACAAAGUAUAAGAUGUAAUGUCAACCUUUUUGAAGCAUACUUACCUGGUACAGGGAACACCUUGAUCAAAAAGGAGGUUUCCCCAGGAAGAGGCCCUUCCAUUGCACUUCGGUUGGGCUGACGCCUGCGAUAGCCCCAAAUGUGGGUUACUCGGGAAAGCUGACCCAGAGCCUGAAGUCUCGAGGUCUCCAGUACCCAAGAAGCCCAAGCCUGCUGAUGGGGCAUUGAAGCUGUGACUAGGCGUACAGGCGGAGCCUACAUCCCACUUUCCAGGCUGAGAGCCAUGCAGGCUAAUAUCACUGACAAGUCAAGAUAGGUAACUCCAAGGCUAAUAUCACUGAAAAGUCAAGGUAGGUAACUCUCAGGCUCAGAUCAAAGACAAGUCAAGGUAGGUAACUCCCAGGCUCAGAUCACAGACAAGUCAAGGUAGGUAACUCUCAGGCUAAUAUCACUGACAAGUCAAGGUAGGUAUCUCCCAGGCUUAUAUCUCUGACAAGUCAAGGCAGGUAACUCUCAGGCUAACAUCACCGACAAGUCAAUGUAGGUAACUCUCAGGCUAAUAUCACAGACAAGGCAAGGUAAGUAACUCCCAGGCUAAUAUCACUGACAAGUCAAGGUAGGUAACUCCCAGGCAAAUAUCACUGACAAGUCAAGGUAAGUAACUCACAGGCUAAUGUCACUGACAAGUCAAGGUAGGUAACUCUCAGGCUCAGAUCACUGACAAGUCAAGGUAGGUAACUCCCAGGCUAAUGUCACUGACAACUCAAGGUAGGCAACUCCUAGGCUAAUAUCACUGACAAGUCAAGUAGGUAACUCCCAGGCUAAUAUCACUGACAAAUCAAGGUAGGUAACUCUCAGGCUAAUAUCAAUGACAAGUCAAGGUAGGUAACUCCUAGGUUAAUGUCACUGACAAGUCAAGGACGAUAACUCACAGGCUUAUAUCACUCGCACUUUUAAAAAUAUUUAUCAUCUAACUAAAUACUGUUGCCGUGUUUGACGAUAAAUGUGUUUGAAGAAGUUUGUAAACCCAAACGGUCGCCAUAUUUUUGAAAAUGUACGGGAUGUUGGUAUAUCAGAAAUACUCGGCCUUUCGGGGAAAGCCAUGACAAAUGCUUUCAUUGUUUCAAAGCUAAUGCCGAUUAAUUACGAUUGCUAAUAAUUGGGACUGAACAUGCGUGAAUAACUUGUUUAAUAUCAACGCAAUCGGUUAGAGCUCUUAACUGUUUACUCCACCUUCGUUCUCAGUAAAAGAAUCAAAAGGCGGAGCUAGUCACAUGCUAUUACACGCUUGGUUUAGCAUGUUGAGUAAGACAAAGGAAGCCCAGUUUAUUGACGAGAAAGGGUUUUAUGGCUUUUUGACAAGAAGUGGCUUUCCUUUGAUUAUGUCAAUCUGACGAUAAAUCGGCAAUUAAGUUUGUCCCUGACAACAGAUUUUCAGAUUUUAUUCCAUUAUUCCACGUUGUUGCUAAAAUCAUAUAUUCGGACAUCAAAAUCCUCCAAAAUCAGCAGAUGCUGGUCGCACAACACAAAAGUCUUUUAAUACAAUGUCAAAAAUGAGUGAAUUCUCUGGGGGUUUCAGAAUUUGAUGGAUUCGUUCCGUUAUUAAUAUUGCACAAUAUAUGGUGAUACAAAAUAGUAAUUUAAAAAUCAAUGUAUGGUUCUGUCAUUACUUUUUGUAACUCAUUAACUAGUUUAAGCCUACAUUUCUUUCUAAUACCAAAGAACUGUAUCUGUAAUAAAGUACAUGUAUCACUUGCUUAUGUUUGCCUUGUUUCUAAAUGCAUGUUGCAAUGUUUGUAUUCUAAUGUUCCUGAAAAAGUGUGAAUGGUUUUAGUUUUAUUCAAAUAUUCAAUUCAUAAAAUGACAUUUUGCAGGUUGUAGAAUAAAUUACAUGUAGUACCUUUGACAUAACUGUAUGUGUUUGUGGAUUGCAACAGCCUGGGGGUUGGGUGUAGUCAAAAACAUUUGUUUUGGUGUCUAAUUCAAUAAUUUAUCUUUUAUCACACAUUUAUGAUAAUAAAAUGUUGACCAUAUUGAAUGUUUGUAAUUGUCAAAACAAAAUGAUUAAAGCAUAUUUGUGUACCUUAAUUUAAGUCCUUAUUCAUUAACCAAAAAUCCUCAAAAAUGUAUUCAUCUUAGUUGUCUGCAUGUAUUCAAAACCUAUUGAAAUUUGCCGCCACACUGUUAUGUAUUUUUGUUCUGUAGAUGUGUUCAAGCUAGAUCCACAGUUCUAAGAGAACGAAGAAAAAUAUGCCAUCCUGAAGAAAGAAGAGGAAGCCGCCAAGCAGACGAUCAUCUACCAGACGGAGACAAACCUGGUGGCAUUGAAGAGGACUAUCUACCUCACCAUUCAGUCCAGUCUGUACUUCGCGGAGUGUGCCCACAAGCAUAUGAAGAUGAAGCUUAAACCGGGCCAAGAGAGGUUCUGCAUGCUGGACCGCAAGUACGUGGAGCCGUUCCAGGCGAUGUUCAAGGAGCAGUACGAGACCAUUCACCGCCUGGAGACCAACAAACUGAGGAACGUGGCCAAGUUCAUUGCUCACCUGCUGUUCACAGACUCCAUCUCGUGGGCAAAAAAGCCCCAACACACCCAAGGCCCUGUCCCAUAUGCCAGUUGAAUGGGAUUAACACCAUCUUCCAGAGGCCGGGAGACAAUGUGAAGCGGCAACACAAGUUGUCAGCAGAGGACACUAAGAAGCUCAUGUCAGAACAGAGAGCUGCCACGGGCAAGAAUAAAGCUGGGGAGCAAAACUACUAUCAGUGCGGCAUCUGCCAGUGCUGCUUCGUAGACCGGGCCCAGCACCUAAGCCAGGAGCACUGAAUCACGGACAAGCGCUCCUAUGCAUGUGUCCAUCAUAUGCAUGAGUUUACAAAGAUGCAGAUGCGGAAGCAUCCCGCCACGACGUAUGCCUCCAACUUGGCCACCAGUUCCCCCUCCACUACGGUUAGCGGUUCUGCUCCCGCCGGCUGAUCAGCCUCCACUUCUGCCGGCGGUAUAGCAUCCGCAUCCGCUACAAGUUCGGCCCCCCGCACUGCCACCACCCAGUUCGGACUAGGAGAGCUGGGACGAGCAACAAAGCCCACAGGAGCUGCCACUCACCAGGGAAUACUGCCUGACCCUGGGGCCUCAUGCCAGUGUCAUGAAGGGCCGUAAAAGCUUUAAUUGCAAUCGCGGACUGCUUUGUGAGGCACCUGGCGACACGCCAAGGGGGCAACGCCAACCUAGCAAAGCAGCAGGAGAGCCUGAUAAAGGUGAACUGCUUCCUUGCACUCAGUGGAUACUCGGAGGGGGCGGAGCUUGAGGCCAUGCUGGUGUGGCAUGGCCACAUAGAAGUGCACGACAGUUACCUCAUAAAGGACCACAAGCCAGGGGCCGUGCGAUCCAUGCUGCUCACCAUCAGAGCCUAUCUGAAGUGGUGUAAGGACACCAGACAGGCGUCGGAGCACACGCUUGACGAGGCCGAUCGCAUGCUGACUGGCUGCCUCACAGCCACACGCCAAGAAGUGCCUCACAGCCACCCGCAAAGAAGUGCCUCACAGCCACCCGCCAAGAAGUGCCUCACAGCCACCCACCAAGAAGUGCCUCACAGCCACCCGUCAAGAAGUGCCUCCUAGCCACCCGCCAAGAAGUGCCGCAGCGGGAAGUGAAGAUGCGCGUGUUCGAAAACACGACAAUCCCGCUGGCCCCCGCGCUUGCCACUAACUUCAGGGAGAGCGAGCUGACUUCAUGGCAUUCCUAGCAGGGAGCAUCAAAGACAUCCGUGGCAUCCUUGUGGCCCUCAUCGCGUUCAAGAACGCUUCACGAAAAGGGGAGUUUGUCAACCUAAGGAUGAAGCAUGUGCACCGAUCCGUCGAGUUUGACAACAACCAGAUGUCCAUCAAGUUGGAGGACCACAAGACGGCGCCGUCGGGAAAGUAUGCAUACUUCCACAUGCCCAGAGACGUGUACAACAUGCUGCUGGGCUAUUGCAAACUCGUCCGACAGGGCAAGGAAGACGAGGACUCCGCUGGGGACCAGCCAGUAUUCGGCACGGGGUACGAAGAUGCAUGCCACAGCGCCAUUAACAAGUGGCUGAAGGGGGCUUGGAAGAAUUCCGGCAUGGAAUACAAGUACCCAGAUUUCAAGAUGACACUGACGAACAACCGAAAGCGGAUGCCAGGGUUGGCAAGGGGGGCAGACACGACCAAGGCCAAUGCCAUGGCACAAUAUAUGAAGCAUAACAAGGCAACGGCGGACAAACACUACCCGGUGCAUCACCAGCUUGGACACUCCCAGCCCAUGUACCAGUGGCUCGAAAAAGUGCAGAUGAAGAAAGCGUCUUCAACCCGGUCGGCCACGGCGCCGAACCAGGGCCGAACCGCUGCGUCACCAAUGUCAAGGAGAUACCCGUUCUUCCGUCUGACGCCGCACCUGCCCCGGUGCUACCCACCACCACUGUCAAGGAGCUACCCGUUGUGCCAUCAAGGAGCUACCUGUGGUCCUCCCUGGGCCGUCAUGCCCCACCUGCCUCCACCCCGGAGUUACCCACCGUCAAGGAGCUACCCGUGGCCCUCCCUGGGCCCUCACAUGCCAACCCUUACCUACAAGCAUGGACAGCCAUGGAGACCAGUCUGCGCGAUUACCUGGGCCAACUAGAUGACGUUGCAUAUUACUUGCGUCAGGCGCAGGAGGCCUCGGACUCUGAACAGUCAGUCAGUUUUGUCUUCAGGAAGAAGGCACGGUGGAUGAAGUUCGAGUCCGACCACGACGCCAUGACCCCCACAAC